CACUUUAUCACUAAAAGAUAGGUAGUGAUGCGAUAACUGAACCAUACCACUUACACCACAAGGGAAUACCUAGAGGUAUCUCGCUCGUAUCUCUUUAUCCUCGUUCUCGAAAUUACCUAUUGCGGCCAUUUCUGGAAGAGAUCGUGAUGCAGAAAACCCAACCUCGACACUAAUACCCAAAACCUCACACCAGCGGCCACAAUGGCUGCUUCGGCCUCGCCUUCGCCAGGACGCGCUUCCGGAUCGCGUAGCGCAACACCGACAUCGCCAGUCUUGAAGGCUGCUGACCAGUCAGAUGUCAACAUGUCUGAUAGCUCCGACGAGGUGGAUGAGGAGAUCCUGCGACCAAGAGGCAGAUUUGCUGCCGGAAUGCAGUCAAAGAGCAACCCAGCUCCCGAAUCAGAGUCCGAAUCUGACCAAGAGAUGAGAGAUGAUACCCCGAAGCGACCAUCAGCGAACCCCCCUGUGACCAAGAGUCUCGUCCAAGAUGACGAUGACGAAGAUGACGACGAGAUUGUAAUGACCCGCCCGAGAAAGCUACAGCAACGACAGCGAAAAAACACCGCGACACCCGAACCCAAGCCACGAGAUGAACCCACCGCUGCCUCACCCGGCCUCUUCGUCUCUCCCGAGAAACAGACAGCCCAAGCGCCCGAUUCCCCGGGCCUUUUUGUCUCCCCUGCGAAACCCUCGGGCCGUCCUGGAGAUGGGCUAGCAAGCGACGAUGAAGAGUUCCCCAGCAUCAGCAACCUCCAGAAGAACCCUCGCUUCCAGGCACUUGUGGAGAAGAAGCGCAAAGAGCGCGAGGCCAGAGAAGCCGAAGAAGAACGACAGAAGACCGAACGACGGGCAGCAAUGGCAGCUGACGACCGAAUGUCCAUGGAUGAGGACGACGACAACAACAUAUCCGACGACGAGGGCGGCCGAAAGCUUACACAAAAGGCUGGUACAAAGAAGCCAUCACAACGAAAGGCUAGCAAGAAGGCACUUGAGGAAAUGCACAGGGAGACACAACGCAUGGCAAGAGAGCUACAACUGGCACAUGAACCCAAAGUCAAGAACAAGAUCACCAAGGCCACACUAUUUGAAAGGUUCAACUUUCGACCUGCUGGUGCCGCUGCUGCGACUACAGGAAAGCCAGCGAAAGAGUCUGUUGGGCCAGAGUCGCCGGCGACGUCACGGCCAAGUGAUACAGAAAAGGUGCCAGAGAAGGAGACACCACCAAGCUCCCCUCCAGUGGGAAACAAGCAACCCGACAAGACAGUGGAAGAGCUCGCCACAUCCACCGGCGACCUCCUCAUACAAGAGAACUCGGACGGAGAACUGCCCACUUUCGAGCAAGCCCUCACUCAAAAGAAGAAGCUCGACAAGGGCAAAGGCAAAGCCACCGCCGCCGACUUCGAAGCCGAGGUCACCGCUUCCCUCCCCAAAGUAAAACGCAACGUCCGCGUCAAACUCCCGCUCCAACCAUCCUCUAUCCAAGCCAACACCAUCUCCCUCGACGACGACGAAGAUGAUGACCUACAAGUCAAACCCCCAACUCGCAAGUCCAAGAUCGACGCCAUCUUUGACCGCGUCCCCCUCAACCAAACCCGCGAACCGCGUCCCCUCCAAGUCCUCCGCAAACUCGCCCACAUCGACGACCCAGAGAAACUCCCCGCCGCUCCCCUGCCCAAAAACAAACAACACCUCUCCAAGCACCAGCCGCCUGCCAUGACGCCUGGUGCGCUCGAGAUGACGCUUAUCCAGCGCGCCAGAGCGCAAGCCAAGCGCGAGCGUGAGGAGCACUUGGAGAUGCUAAGAGCCAAGGGCGUGGUAGUCCUGACUGCCGAGGAGAGGGCGAAGGAGAUGCAGGAGGCGGAGGAUAUUGUUGCCAGGGCGAGGAGGGAGGCGGAGGAGAUUAUGAAGAGGGAGAGGGAGGAUGCGAAGGAGGAGAGGAGGAAGAGGAAGGAGAAUGGGGAGGAGGAUCCGUUGGGGUGGGAUGAUAGUGAAGAUGAUGAUGAGAGUUAUGUGGGAAGUGAAAAGGGGGAUGAUGACAAGGAAGAGCUGGAGGCAAUUGAGCUUUCGGGGAGUGAAGAGGAUGAGGAAGAAGAGGAAGGCGAAGGGGGGAAUGAGGGUGAGGAUGAGAAUAUGGCUGAGGCUGAUCCGGCUGGCGCACUCUUUGAUGAGAGCGCUGAUGAGUCUGGGGAAGACAACGCCGAUAAACAAGACGAGGACGAGGAUGAGCUGCCUAGCACCAAAACUGUCCGCCGUCGGCCACGAAAACAGGUUGUUGUUCUCUGUGACGACGACGACGACGACGAGGAAGAGGGGGGGAGCAAGUCCGUUCCCACCUCUGUCCUGCGUUCUGCGCGCAAGAGUUUCAUCCCCGGCCUGCCAGUCCCUGUCGCCGGUCCGGCCGGUCUCGGCCUCACCCAAAUCUUCGCCGGAACCAUGGAUGACAGCCAGCCCGGUUCUCCCUCCCAAUUCGCCGGUAGUUCCCCCUCUCAACCUCGUCCGACCUUCGACAUCGAUCUCACCGACAUCCCCGACUCCAACUUCUCCCAGACUGCGGGCCAGCAGCAGCCAGAAGACAAUAUGAUCCUCGACAGCCAACCCUCCCUCCCUACUCGCCCGCAGGCCGCCAAAGACAAGGAGGAGGAGACCCAGGCGGCAUUGGAAACCCAGGGCGUCCAGCUCGGCUUCUCCCAGUCCGAGUCGCAGAUGCACGGCUUCGACAGCUUGCUGAACCACCCGGCGUUUAAUAUGACGCAAGGGUCGGAGCUGAUUGAGCCGACGCAAGACCAGGGGUACAAGGAUUAUACCCCGUUGAAGCAGAGGUUUGUUGAUGCGCCGUUGCCGCCGCAUUCGACGGUUGAGACGGUAUUAGUUGGUGGGAAUAGGAGUAGUGGUUCGCUUAUGACUGCCUCAAACUCGACGCCUGGUGGAAGCGGAAGUGCUGGUAGUGUUGGGGAGAAUAGUCCGUCGGGAAAGAGGCCGUUGGGGAGGUUGAGAAGAAGGGGGGAUGUGAUUACUGGGUCUGCACUGUUCAAUGCGUCGACUUUGGAUGAGGAGGAGGAAGGAGACGGUGAUGAGGAGAUGAGGGAUGCUCGUGACGAUGAUCGUGAGGCUGAGAAGGCCAAGUCGGCCUUUGAGAAGAUGAAGAGAGCUGCGGAAAGGGAGAAGAGGAGGAAGGAGGCAAAGAAGAAGAGUAAGGCGAGGGAGAUGGUGGAAGAGCAGGCUGAAGAGUCUGAGGAUGAGUAUGCGGGGUUGGGAGGCAUAGAUGGAGAGGGUAGUAGUGAUGAGGAGGAUGAGGAGUUGGUCAAAGAGAUGAUUGAUGAUGAGACGAAGGCUGGGGAGGGCGAUGAGAGAAAGUUGGCUGCCUUUUAUGCUGACCGUGAACGUGCCUCGGACGAGAAGCAAGUCGAGAAGCUUUUCCAUGAUAUCACCACGGGAAUGCUCCGUCGCAAGCGCGCCCGCGGCGAAGGCGGCGACUGGGAUGACCUCUCAGACGAGGACGACGGCGGCGAGGCCCGUCGCCGGAUGAAGAGGCGACAGUUUGCCAAGAUGCAGCGGGCUCUUUUGGCCGAUGAGCGUAUCAGCAAGGUCGCCGAGAACCCGAAAACGAAGGCGUUCCUCAAGUCCAUCGAGGAUCGCGGCAGCGACGAUGAGAUGGAUUUCCUCUUUGGUCCCGCGGACAAGCCAUCUUCAGUCAUCCCGGCGACACAAGACUCGCAGUCCUCUAGUAAAGACCAGACCAUCCCGGCUACCCAGCCGCAGACGACAACUUCCACGAAUCCCCGCCGCACCAAGAGCGGUCGCAAACCAAGUAAUCUGGGCGAAAUCCGCGAGAGUUUGUCUAACCUUCUAGACGAACCACACACUUCCUCCGUCAUCCCCGCCACCGUCCUCGGUUCCGACGAAGAAGAAGAGGAUGAAGAAGACAGCAUCCCCGCCACUCCCGGUAAGGAGAAGAAUAACGCACCGCCAUCUAAACCCGCUACCAACCCUCGCCGCACCGGCUCAGUAGCCAUCGUGGACCGCAUCUCCCUCAAACGCAACUCCUCUUCCACCUCUGCCGCCUCCACCUCUUCGACAUCAAACCAAUCCAAACUCGCCUUCGCUGCUCCUUCUUCAUCCUUGUCUCAAUCAGCAUUCAAGGUCCCCGCCUUACUCCGUCGGGCUACCACCAACUCCUCUGCUGCCUCUUUAUCUAGCACCACCACCACCACUCCUGGUCCCUCGGUAUCCGUCUCUACGACGACCAACCCGUAUACCAACAGCAAAGCGGCGGGCGCGAGUGGGUUUGGUGAGGAUGUCAAGAUUAAGCGGACGGCGGGCAAGAUGUCGGGUAUUAAUUAUUUUGCGCGAGAGAACGAGAGGAGGGCGAAGGUCGCGGAAGCGGAGACGAGGAGGCAGGCGAGGAGGUGGAAGGGGGUGGAAGGGAGGGGGGCAAGUGUGAGGGGUUUACUUGGGAAGAGGGAGUUUGAGUAGUUUCUUUUUUCUUCUUGCUGUCAUGGAAAAGGAGGGAUGGAUGGAUGGAUGGGAUAUAUACCUUGGGAUAAAAGGGCUGUGGUGUUAUUGUUGGAUUAUCAAGUACAUACAUAGCGUAUAUUGAAUAUGGGUUUUAUGCUCUCAUGGUAUCCGUUGAGGGUGUUUAGGCAUAAUGGACUACAUACUUUUGGCGUGACGGCUGGGUAUGGAUGUUGACCAUAGGAUUGACAAGGGUGCAUUCUGUUACCAUAGUUGCUAUCCUCGUCCGGGACAUAAAAUUGAUGAGAUCAACCGACUUGGUUAGGUAAACUAGUCUGCUACCGCUUAUUGAAAUUUUUGAG